GUUCUUCAGCGAAUGGUCCGUAUGGUGACGUCAGGACGAUCAUCAUAUCCGGAAGAAUGACGCUUCACUUCUAUCGUCAAAGGUGACGUCUGUACAAAUGUUGAACCGGAAGUUUCUUUCCUCCUGAAGACGCAAACAGAGUCUUUCCGUCAUUUCGGUUCCGCACAACGUCUGUAAGGAAACUCAAAACGUUUUUGUCGAUUCAAGGACAAAUGUGUCGAGUGCUGAGAUGAUACGAAUUUCCGCAGAACCACAAUGGCCUCCUACUUCGACGAACACGACUGCGAACCAACCAACCCCGAGGAACAGUAUCGACAGAACGCACUUCUGGAACUGGCCAGAUCUUUGAUGCAGGGCCUGGACCUCCUGGACUCGGGGGUGUUCGACUUGUCCGACUGGGACCAACGACUUCCUCCGCCAGCUGCCAAAACAGCUGUUCAGACACUCACCGUCGUCGUCAUUUCUCCCGAACAAGCAGACAAAGGUCUGAAAUGUCCUGUCUGUUUGCUGGAGUUUGAAGAACAAGAGAUAGUGCGAGAAAUGCCCUGCAAACACCUGUUCCACUCCGGGUGUAUCCUGCCCUGGCUAGGAAAGACCAACUCCUGUCCUCUCUGCCGACUUGAACUUCCAACGGACAAUCCAGAGUACGAGGAGUUCAAAAAAGACAAGGAGAGAAGACGACAGAGGGAGCACAGACUGGAGGAUCUACACGGAGCCAUGUACACGUGACAUGGUGGUGCUGUGGUGGAGACUGACAGAAACGGUCGAAUCCCAUCGUCGCGGAUUGCAAACGAAGCCUCAUUUCUGCGGCUUGAAGAUCACACGUUAACGUUAUGCUAACGUUUAUCACGUCACCUUCACAAUAAAAUGUUCCAUUCAUCUGUAUUUGUCAUAUAAAAAAAAAAUUAAUACUUUAUUUUCGUCAGAUAUCAGCCUUAAUUUCCUCCAUUUACGUGGAACAAAUUUCGGGGGGGGGGGGGAUAAAAGACUAGAAACCAGAAAUGUGCUGAUAAUUUAACAUUUCUAUUUAAUCUUUGAAUAUAAAUCUCUGUCAAAUUAAAACAAAUGAUAGACAAAUCGUUUCAUAUUUACAUCAUUCA